AAACAUAAAGCAGCAGGGAUUCCCACGUGGUCACCCACCGUAGUACUAAUCUGCCGUUCAACUGCUUAUGUAUGGCAGAGCGGACGGGAUGCCCAGUUUUCAGCUGACUGUGGCCGUAUGUGCAAGCUAAGAAUACGAGACAGUAUAUAUUUGCUCGUCAUUGUGUUCGUAAACAUCGAACAUAACAUCCUGGUUGUUCAGGAUCGCAUGCUUUUCAUGAUUCAAUGGAUCAAGUCUCUACGGCUUCCAAAAUUUUGA